CCAUCAUCCGAUCAGAACAGAUUAGACAGAGGAAAGGGAGAUGUGGCUACAGCAGAUAACCAGUCAUUAUCAUUCCUGCACUCAAUCCUCUUCUAAAGCAAGUCAAAAACACCACACGCAACACCCAUCAAAGCAUAAUCACACGCAACCAAGAACUCAGCGUACACAAUUAAUGAAGACCCUAUCUAUAUAUAUUCCCACUUAGCUUUCCCAAUUUCCUUCAUCCCCGAAACAUAAAACGUUAUUACAAUUUACAAACCAUAAGCCAAAAUGGCUGGUCUCAGCUGUGCUGCCGUAGCUCUGCCCUCAUUCACAGGGCUGAGGGCCAAUGCAACUCCUAAAACCGGUGGCGCUGCGAAGGUGGCCGUCUCGCCCACCCCUGUGGCUGUGGUCGGUGCCAGGGCUUCGCUAAAGAAGGUUGGAGCGGCGGUUGUUGCCACCACUCUUGGCACAAUCCUUGCUACCAACGCCUUGGCGACCGACGUCCUACUUGGCGGGUCGUCGGGUUCGAUGCCCAGCAACUUCGCCGCGAGCCCCAGAGAGAUGGUGUUCGACAAAGAUGCAGGGGUGUCUCAUAAUGUGGUGUUCGAGGACAGUCUCCUCCAUAAGGAAGAAUCAGGUCGUCCGCGUGGGAGGCCAUACAACAUGAUUUUCCAUCCACCAACUGGUCUCUGUGUCCUGAGAAAGUCUCUGACGGAGCCACUACAGCUAGGUUCUUGUGCUGAAUCGGAACCCUGGAAGUAUUCACCACAACAGAUUUUGUUUCUCAAGGGAACAUACUUUUGCAUGCAAGCUGAUGGAUUGGGCAAACCAGCCAAACUUGGAAUCAUGUGCACUGAUCCUGGUUCGAAUUGGGAUGUGAUAUCAGACGGUAAUAUGCAUCUUUCAUCGAAUCUCGUCGACGGUACGGCUGUGUGCUUGGAUGUUGACUCUAACAACAACAUUGUCACCAAUUCAUGCAAAUACUCGAGCGAGGAUCAUACUCCUGAUUCCGCAAGCCAGUGGUUUGAAAUUGUUAGAAACUCGAAAACUCAACUCCCUCUACCAGUGAGAAAUUCUCCAUUGAAUCCACUUCAUCCGGAAGAGCAAAUUCAAUCGGAGAGAGAUGUUCGGCAUGGGGAAGAAGGGUUAAGCAACCAGUAAUUACGUCUCUGAUUCGUUAUGUUAGAGUGCCUUCCCUUGUAGGUUUGCACAAUUAUGUUACGUAAGGAGAAUAAACAAUAUAUAUAUAUAUAUAUGUUAGCUUUCUUGUACAUGUAAAAGCUCUGAUGUCUGCUUGUACAUAAUCUGAUGUCAAUUACUGUUUUUUAUUUCAUUUUAUUUUCCAUAAUAGGAAAAUUAAUGUAAUCUCCUUUUGUGUCCUCCAUUCAGACA